AUGUCAAUUUUCAAGCAUUCUAAAGCACGCGUUUAUCCGACAGAAGCCAGGCGCCUGUCGUUUCCUUGUCCAUUUCUGCUGUGUGGAGAAAAUGGAUUUGCCGCAUGGAAAACAGCCAAUCUACCUGAGCCUGUUCAGGUCUCACAGCUCAAACUGAAGUGGACAGUGGACACUCCAGCUUCUUUCGCCCGUGAAGGGGUCACUUCCGUCAGUGGGAGAGAUUUUUGCAUAUUACCGAACAGCUACCGCCCACUCAUAGUGGCAGCCCUUAGUCAAUAUGGUGUUGUCCCACCAUGGCUGAGUUAUUACACUGGGUGCGUGGUUUUAGAGCAUCAGCUAGGAAUGUUGGUCGUUAAAUCGCCUUACCAAAAAAGAAAAAUCAAAAUCAUCAACUAUCAGGUUUUCCAGUUGGAACGUCAGAACUUCAUGCUCCAAUCUCUCCACCGAGCUGCAGCUGUUAUACAAUACAAGAAAAAUUGCCAUCUGGCAAGUGCAUAUGCCCCAAUGCUUUGUUUAACAUCUAAGGAAAAAGAUUGUUUCUACCAGAUGUUGGACAGCAACAUGUGUGAUGAAAACAUUGUAACUUUGUUUAAAAACAAAGGAGAUUGCUGUGAUUACAACAAUUACAGAGAUAUUUUUGUACUUUGCAUCGUUGAGUAG